AUGGUGCAGCCUGCCACACAGAAGGCCUCGCGGCUAGCCAGGUGGUGGAUGCGCACGCGCGACGUGCCGGAGGUGAUGCCGCUCUACGCGUGUCUUGCGUUUGCUGUCGGCAUCGCCGGCUACACUACGAAGAAGGUCUACUUCAAUGCCGACGCUGGGAGUUUCGUCAAUGUCAACACGAGGGGUGACCCCCUGGCUCAGGCUGAGGCUACCAAGUUGCCGGAGGACCCCUACGAAAAGAAGCACUCGGUGUUUUGGCACGUAGCGCAGAUCAAGGUUGACCGGGACGGCGCCAACGUUGGUGUGUUUGACAACCGGACGCGCCCCCACCAGUACAGCAAGCCCGGCUAUGAGGGCACCGGCGCCAUAGCGCCCCAGUAA